UUUGGUUCUAAGGAAUUUGGUUUCUAAUGUAUGUUAAUUUUGGGAACGUAUCGACUUGUUACUUCUCCGUACCAGUUUCAAAUAAAAAAUGAUCCUCUUACUCAUGCUCUACGCCACAAUAAGUUGGUAUAAAAUGUUUUAAGCUAGAUAUAAAAGGAAACCUAAAACUGUUUGGGUUUGAGUCUUAACUAAGGAUGUAGCGAAGUCCUAUCGACUCAUCGAUUGCCGCUGUUAGAAGAGUGAAUCUCAACAUUUUAACAGUGGCAGCAGAACGAGAAAAGCUCCGUUCCCGGGCUUGGUUUUUGCAUAGGUAUAUCGAUAGUCAUAUUAUCGUCUCUUGUCGCUGUGAAAAACGGCUCGAACUUUUAGUGAAAAAUACUUUUAUCGCGGUGUAGGAUGUGUCUGCGGAAAAUGUUUGUCCGCUAAAAAUAUUUCUUUUAAAAUAGCAGAUUUAUUGCAGAAACCCCGCGCUGAAAUCAAUAAAAAAUAAAAAACAAAAAUAUCUAAAGAAAAUUGUUAUAAACGUAAAUAUAAAGUUUAAGCCGUGUGCUUCGUGAUUGUGUGCGUCAUCGUUUACCGUUAUAAUUUACCAAAAUAAAAUGUAAUAAAAAACCGAAAUAAAUGUAAUUAUUGUAAAAUAAAUCAAACAACCCUAAUUGUUGUAAACUAAUUACAAGAAACAAAAGAUUUUUUUUUCGCCUUUAAGAAACAGAAAGAAAUACAAAAGCCGUCGGCCUAAUUUACCUUUGGAAUUCCUUAUCAGAGAGCACCAUUAUGGCGAAGGAUCCCGCCAACACGCGAAUUCCCCGCCUGGAUGGCGUUUCAAGGCUGCCGAAGCCGAGUAGUUUUGGAAUGGCCAGCAGCGGUUACAGCACCUCCAAUAGAACCACCAACAACACUACCACCACCACCCAGCACAUCCGACCACCGGUGAGUGCUCCGAAGGCGACACAGAUAUUCCGGGCACCAAGCGAUCCUGCUAAGCCGCGCCCAGCUAGCGCUUAUGCCCCAUCCUCAGCCGCUCUGCGGGAUUUGGGCAGCAGUUUGAAAAAAAGCGCUAGUGGGGAACGGAUUAACAAUGCUGUAAGCCUUCUCAGCAAAAGAACAACCACAGUACUAAAAAAGUACUUCAGUCCGAAGGCGUCGGCGGCGGCUGCAGUGAUCUCCAAUACAUGCGAAAUGACCAGCUCACUGCCAGUGACUCCCUUACCAGUGGGGAAGCGUGGUAUGACAGACAAAGAUCAAUUGACCAGCAGCACCCCAAUACCUCUAUUAAGGUCCGAGACCUUUGUCUGUGAGGAGGAGGAGCUGUCCCAUUUCGGACGGACACUGGACACGGACUCGCCAGGGUCCAACGAAACAAAGGUUCUGGUGAAAGAUGACACACGUAUUAUGAAACCCACUAAAACUAAAGUGGAAUCGAUGAGGACCUUUUGCUCGUUGGACACUAGGCACGAUGUGACAGUCAGUUUCAAAACCAAUGCAACACAUUCGGCCAACUCGUCGGGAAUAAUGGGCAGGACAAUGCCAGUGAUCACGGACAAGGAUGCCACCAGAAUUUUAUCUGCAAACUCAACCGGAAUUGGAAAUCUCACUAAAGUAGUGGAAGGAGUUGGAAAUGUGACAAAAACUUUAGAGGGAGUUGGCGACGUCACUAAGACUUUGGAGGGAGCUGGAAACCUAGCAGCAAAUUGCACUCAAAUCUACAAGAGGGGAGUAAACCUCUCAAGGAUUAUGGACGACAAGAAAGGAAAUAUCUCUAGGAUAAUGGACAAUGGACAGAAUACUACAAACAUUAUAAAAGCUGAAGCGAAUGCUACCAGAACCAUGGAUGUGGCAUCCAAUCUGACGAAAUCCAUCGAUAGAGGAGUUAACCUCUGCACUAUGUCAGUUCGCGGAGCGAAUCUCACCACCUCCGUCAAUGAACCAGGUGACUACACAAAGGUGAUCCACCAAGGAGCCAAUUUAACCCUGAGCAUGGAUCAGUUACCUCUGCUAGAACAUAUAUCCAUGCCAUCUGGCUUGGAUACUCUGAGCUCCAAGGGCUCCAGUAACCUCGAAAAACUGGACCAGGAAACGGACGACACGCUGGACGUGACGUUAACCAGCUUGGCCCCGGACAAAUCAAACAUGAAGCUGCCAUUGAACUCAACGCUAAAUACUGAAAGAUUGCUGGACCUCAGUGGGUUGCAAUCCCCGAGGCACAUUCAACUGCUGAACCUAACCCAGGAGCUGGAGCGAGGAACUCCCAGUAGGGGACAUUUUCAAACCGGAAGAAGAUCCAUUCCGCAGCACUCUCUGCUUUGCCUAUCCCCUAAGUCGGCCACCACAACGCCGCAUGGGAUGAGGAUGAUGGGUCAGGUCACUCCUCAGCCAGUGCAUCUGCUAUCCCCUCUCUUGAAGCAGGCGCAGAGUGCUCUGGUUUUGCCCACUCGAACGCCAGACGGAGACAUCAUAAUGGAAGGCAAUGGAGCCUUGGAUAGUACUCUGACCUCCUCUUCGGGAAGAGGACGAACCCGCUACAGUUUCGGCCUCGAUCUGCCGGAUACAACGCUGGAUUGCUCCAUCGAUCUGGUGGACAAUUCGUUUUCCUCCUCCACCCAACUGCAGCAAAUGCAACAGCAGCUCCUGAAGAAACAGAGUUCUUUCGAUCUGGACGAGAGCUUGGGUAUCCUUACACCAGAUCAGAUGAAGGAUUUCCUGGACUCUCCUCACAACAAUCUCAUGCACAACCUGGAGUUGAUCAAGAUGCAUCAUCCGAAUCUCAUGCAGUUGAGAAUGGAGCAGACGCCUUCCCCGGAGGAACUGCCUCUGGAUCCCAUUGAAAUUAAAUCCGAGAUUGUCAAGCAGGUGGAGGCUUCCCAGAACCAGGUGAACACCUCGCAGCACUCCAAGCUGAGCAACAGCUUCAUCACGAGCGUGACCAGCGUAACUAGCUUGGACACGGGCUACCAGGGCGAUGGCGAGAUGUCGCGUCCCGCUUCCCGCGGAGCUUGUGACCACUCUCCUAGCAAUGGACCCCAUUUGGGCCGAGUUAGUCGCCAGCCUAGCUUCCCGCCCCCAAAUCCUGCGCCCCUGAGGCGCCAGGAUCCCAUGACAGACUCUGAUUUCUUCACCGAAUCCGAUGCGGAUGAUGUCCUGCAUCGUGGCGAUCGCCGGGCCCAGGUGAUCGAUGGCCAGCUGUAUGGUCCUGAUAUGAUGCAGCCGAGUGCCUCUGUGCCCCAGAUGGAGGACUCCUGCAUGGAGUCAUCGGGCAUUUUCACGGACGUGGAGAAUCGCUGCGACGAAGAGAUGCGUCAGCCGGAGCUAGACGGGGAUGUCGAUGUGGACAUGUCGCCGGAUGACUCCACGCAGACCAUGCGAAAAGGUCAAGGUCAGCCCACUCCCAGCCAAAUGCAGCAGCUGGCCCCGCAGCAGCGUCCCCCCAGCAGCUGUCUCUCCUCCUCCUCAGCGGCCACCACGCUCUCUCUCUCUAACCGCACCUCGUACUGCAGCGUCGACGGCGGCAGCGCUCGAAGUUUUUGCGGCGACGAAGCUUUCGCGGCGGAACGAUCGACGGCGGUGCUCUCAGUUCAGAAAACUACGUCGCCGCGUCCACACGCUUCGCUAUCGUCGCUCUGUACGGUGGAGAAUUUCCGCGGCUCCGUUUCCUCGAACUCAUCGAUCGCCUCUCCCAAGUCUUGCAAAUCGGCCACCAAAAUCGCUGGCAAAUCGCGCGUUUUGAAAACUCCAAAAUCCCCAAAAUCGCCGCUGAAUCGAAAGGCGCACACGCCCAACAAGUGGGAUGCCGUGAUGAAUAAGAUCGCCAGUAACAAGUCUCUGAUCAAGACAAACUAUAACGAUGUAAAGUCCAAAGUGUCCAGCACACGGAUCAUGACUCCGGCUUCCGGUUCGAGUCCUGUCUCGGGUUUCGGUUCGGGUUCCGUAUCCGUUGCCAGUCCGCGCGGCAGUCCAAGUGCAAGUGCUAGUGCCCGGCGUUCGCCUUCGGCCACGCCGAAAGUGCCGCCCAAAAUGCUUCUGGCCAAGAGAUCGAGCAGCAGCAGCUCCAAGGCCAAUGCCACGCCCUCGCCGCCACCACAUGCGACCCCGUCAACACGGCAGCCACUGGAUAAAGGCUCAGUUGGCGUCGGGUCAGUGGGUGGUGGCCCACGUGCCGUCAAAUCACCCAAGUCACCGACCUCACCCACCUCGCCGCCCGCCAAGAGACUGCAGUCAACCCUCGUCAGUCGUGGUCGCUCGUACAGCAAGGACAGCCACAAGAGUUCGCACAGCGACUUGAGUUUGAAUUGCAGUGCCUCGACGUCCCGGCCAUCGACCUCUGUGUCUGGGAGCGGAUCUCCAAAGCUAUUGGCAAACACUCAAUUGCGAGCUGCCAAAAAGCGUGAUGUGCGCAAUCUGAGCAUAUCGCCAACCGAUCUGGGUCCGCCGCCAAAAACCCAGCAGACGACCAAGGGACAAUCGACGCGCAGCAAAUCAUCCGCCACUCCCACGCCCACAUCCAUAAAUAAACGCUUAAAUGGCACUUUGGGAAGCCCUGGUGGCAUUACAACACCCAUCAAGGGAGUGGCCACCAAAUCAGCCGCAACAAACAAGCAACAGCAAUCGCACAAACUUAAGUCGACGAUUAUUAAAAGCCCCUCAACUGUCGGUGUUUCGGAGGAAUCUCUUCGUUCUGGCGUGGAUCAAACUGAACUCCAGGAGCUGAUUAAUGGGCAAACCGCGAGCGGAUGUCCAACCCCGCCGAUGGCGCGGGACUCGAAGCGCUCGUCCAUCGGCAGUGAGUUGCCAUGUGAGACGGAGGCCAAGCUCAAGAAGUGUGAGCUCCAGAACGGUAUUAUUCCCCAGCAGGAGGCGCACGGACCCCAGUCGGAGUCGUCCCCCCUUCCACUGAUAAAGCCACAGGAGCCGCAGGUCGAGAAUAAUUUCCAUGUUAUUGAUAAACAGCCGAGCUCCCUGCCUUUGCCCAAUGAAGUUGACACGUCGAUCAGCUCGAUGACGCUGCUGGCCAAGCCCCGCGCCGCCAUUGCCGAUCAGUAUCCCGCCCUGAAGCCGUUUGCGGAGACCGGAGAGCUGGACUGCAGCCGGCUGGCCAAGUUCUUCCAGAACAACCAGUUCGAGCGCAGGAAUGAGCAACGCAAGAUCCUGGGACUCGCCGUGAUGGUCCAGUUCAUGUCCCAAGAGCUGGAUGCAUUUGCCUGCAAGGAGACCAAAGAGCAAUACGCCCUGACCAAGGGAACGCUGGAGGAGACGAUUGCGCUGCUGCAGCAGGCACAAAAGGAUUGCGAUCACCUUCGUGAGGAUCUACAUGCCAAGGACGUGGAGUGGGCGCAGCGGCAGCAGGAACUGGAUCAUCUGCAUCGUACUGAACUGAAGCAAGCUGAGGAGAAGGCAAUCAAGGUGCAAAUGCUUGCCAAGGAAAGGUUCUGCGAACUAGAGUCCCAACUGCUGGCCAAGGAUGAGGAGAGCAAACAGGCGCAGCAGGCCUACCACCUGGAGGUAUCCCAUAAACUCAACCUGAAGCAGGAGCAUCUGAACGCGGCCGAACAGAAGAUUCAAGAGCUGCAGGAUCGCCUGCAAAAACUUGAGGCUCAGGAACAGGAGAACCGCGAGAAGCAAAUUCGCAAGGAAAGCACCCACGCCGCCCGUCUAUCCGAGGCCAUUAACCGCGAGCAGGAGCUGACCGGUCAAGUAAAGAGCCUCAUCAAGGAGCUAAGUACUCUCAAGGCCAACAAGGAACACAACGAGCGCGAUCUUAGGGAUCGACUGGCGCUGUCGCAGGACGAGAUCUCCGUGCUACGCACAUCCUCACAGCGUCGGAGUCCUUGCAUCAGUCUACCGGACACUGCCUCCGCCGAACUCAGCCGGUUGACCAGCGAGGCUGAAAGUUUACGUUGCGUUCUGGAGCUCAAACAGGCUGAGAUCUCCUCCCUCAGUAAGGCCAAAGCGGAUCUCAUCCUUGAGAGCGAGGAGCGCCUUAAGCUGGCCAACCGCGUGGCCCUACUAGAAGCCCAGAACGAGAUGCUGCGCACCGAAUUGGAAGCCAAGACCGAAAGGGAGAAGGACAUACAGCUGAAGAUGGAGGAACUUCAGAAGGCCUACAAGUACGAAAACAUCAAGCGCACGCGACUUACCUACGACAAGGAGGAGCUGCAGUACCACCUUAAGCAGAGAUCCGUGCAACUUCAAGCUGCUGAGGCGAAGUUGCUAGAUCGUUCCUCGUUAUCCCAUGAAAACAGCCUGGUUCGCAGUGGCUUGGAGAUUUCCGUGACCACCUCCUCACCCACUUCCCCGGUAAUGAAGGGAAUGAUUGAACGGAAUGAUUCAGUCAGCUGGACGUUGGAAAUAGACGAUGAGUCUUUCAAGGGUAAUACAUCAAAGAUUGUGCGCCGAGCGGGUUCCCUGCGAAGCAGCAAUGAGCGUUGCCCCAUCCAGCGACGACAGACUUUGGGAAGCAAUGGUCAUUCCAACGGAUUGACCACAAAUGGAGGCUCUGCCCACGCUCAUCCUAAUCCCCUUAGCCAGAGCAUGUCGGCUACUGCCCUGCUUAGGAGUAGUAGUAAUUCCGGUGAGCCAGAGGGUCGUCCUUUAUCCCGGACUCGUUCCCAUUCGAUGUGCAUCAAAGCAUCGGCCUCCACCUCAGCAGUUUGCGAGUCUCAAAGACAGAGGCAGCAGGACGAGUUGGCCCUGGCCGACUGGUCCCAGGACAUUCCCCUGUGCUCCAGUUCACCACAAGCGCCAGUUGGAGAGAUGCGUCCGCGCAGUUCCACCAUGAAGCUUAUGUCCAGCGAGGCCAAGAAGUUUCAUGAAAUCCAGGAGUCAGCUGGAGAGGCUAUGGUUUCCGGUGCCAACUCUGAGGACGAGAGCUGCUCAGCUUCAUCCGAGGACAUGAUGCGCAGCUCCUCUGCCUCCAGCACCGCUUCGGGUGGAUCUUUGUCCAAGAGACCGAAGCAACCACCAUCCCGCAUGUCCAUCGAAGAAGCGCUGCCCUGCACGCCCAUGGAAGUCAGUUGGUCGGAGGACGCCGCCGAUGCCAACGGACUGGCAUGACAUGCUGCCUACGAGGAGCAGAUCGACCAGAUCGCCGAGGCAGCCGAAGAGGCUUACGAGAGCGAGGACAUUGAGGAGGAUCAGGAUGAGUUGAUCGUUGGCGAGGAGCAACCAGAGCACAGCGACAGCGAUGAUAGCUUCUAAAGCGCUAAAACCAAUUUGUAAAACAAAAUAAUAAGGAAUUAGAAGUCGGCACUUGCGACGCAGAUCAAAGUCAUAGUCGGAAGCAUAGCUUGGCGUUUUCACAUGUAUGGACCUGUGCAAAGAUGAUGAAGAUUUACUAAAUAUAUAAUGAUAAUUCGUACGUUCUUAACUGAAAAUGUUUGUGUAAAUAUUUGCAUUUAGCAGUAUGGUAGCUCAUAGAAGGCGCUCAUGAUAUACAUGUAAUAAUCUAAAAUUUAGUGGAGCACAGCAAGCGGAGCCGUCACAGCAACUUUGGGGGAAUUGAAAAAAAUAAUAGAGAAAGUACGUUUUUUAAACUGGCGCAAGAGGAGGAUCGCAGCCACACACAAAGCUAAACAAAGUUUAGAGCGUAUAAAGCUACGUAUUUAAAACAGUUUCAAACUAAACAUAAAACAGAAAAAAGUAAUGAGUAGCAUAUAAAUACGUAGAUGAAGCAGUAUGAAUAUUUGCAUAAAACCAACAUAUUACUAUAACACACACUAUAAGUAUUUGUAUGAUUAGCGAUAUUUAUAUUGUAUUCUAACCGCAACUCGCAAUCGCUGAUAUCGUACAUGUUACUCGAUCUAAUCCAGAUACUUACCUCCCUUGAGCUCAAACAACAAUACAAACCACUCACUCGAUGUCCUUAAUUCAAAACUUAAUGCCCGCUAUUUGUGGUACGGGGAGGUAUCCGUCCCCUGCCACGUCUAUAUAUAUAUAUAUUAUAAUGUACCAAUUAGAAUAUCAGAGGUAUGAAGCUGCAUCGCCGAACGAGCUAAGCUUUAAUUAUGUGUUUUAUAUACGUGUAUUUAUUAUUUAGUCUUUAAUGCCUUGUAAAAGCGUCAAAAAAAAUUCAAAAAUUUCAAUAAAUUAGUUUGUACUAAAUGAGUUGUAAAUUAGUUUUAGCCUAACUACAUUAGUUUACGUUACGUUUUUAUUUUGUUAUCAUUGAAUUGUGUCCGAAAUAUGCGAGUUUUAUAUGUAUAGGUUCAGGAUACGCUAACUUUGUAACACGCAGCAUUGUCAUUAUCUUUUAAGUAUGUUAUUUUUAUUGUGUGAGAAAAAAAGUCCCGGCACUCAUCAAGAUAAAUAUUCUAUAAGAGAUGGUGCAAAAAUCAUCAGCAAAUGAGUUGCAACAGAAAAUAAGUGGAAUGGUACAGUUAAAAAAUCCCUAUAAAUAUUUUUUGCUAAAUGAUUUCAAAAACCCUUAAAUAAAUAAGUAAUUGUUUCAAAAAUGAA